UGGAGCUACUAAUUAAAUCUGAACAACUAUAAUGUCUUUGAGUACCUGAAGGAAGUGGUGAGGUCAAGACUCAACCUUCAAUUAUUAUUAUUAUAAUAUUAUAAUUUAAUAGUAUUAGUAGUUUUAAUGUUUAUGUUAUUGUUGUGUGUCAACAUGAUGCAACACCUUUCACUUUAAGGCUGUAACCAGCUCUGAAGGAAAAUGAAAGUGUGGAUGAGGUAGUGGGGAAACCCCUUUAUCUACAGUAUAAAAGAUGGGAUCUUAGAGCUGCUGAUUCAGUUUACAAAGCCCUGAGCAGCAACGUGCAUCACUUAAAAGUCACAGAUUCAGCCACUGAAUCUUUAAAACUGGAGUUCAAAAUGAAGAGAUUUUUUAAGAGCAAAUCUCAGAGCGACAGCAAGAGACCUUUAAUGGAGAGUGAGAAUAGCAACAACAACAACUGCAACAUAGACGGAUACGAACGGGCCGCUGGCGGAUAUGACAACCCUGUGGCUCAGAACGCCCUCAACACCCAGGAGGAACAAUGCCUGGAAAGUGAGGAACAAUUCUCACUUAAGGAACUAGCUGAACUUCUGGGUGUGGACCUUGAUGCCAGCACCACUGAGAAUGGAUCUUGUUGCUCAAUGCGCCCUGAGUCCAAUUCACGGCAGUAUUGCAUUGUUCGCCUCAUCCAACAAUCUGUGAACAAGCACUUCCCAGAGCCACCGGCCGAUGUGGACAAGAACCUUCACCAGCACCUGAUAGAUGUGAAGGAAACUGUGCGCAAAGAGCUCGUGAAGCUGGGACCCCUGUUGGAAUCAGUGGGGUUGUUGGGACGUCUGAUUGGAUGCUACCAUCGUCAGACAUUUCGUCACCUUGAUGCUCUGCUCCAGAACAUCAGCUCCCCCCAGAGUUCCUUGGUGCUGAUAAAGUGGGCCUCCCAAACAUAUCUGAGUCAGGAUCUGCUCGGUCACCCUGACCUUCAGAAAAUGAAUCCCAUAAAAGAAGUUGACCUCGUGCUGUUCACAGAGUGGGUCGAAAAGGCAAAGGACAAACUGCUUGAGAAUGUGCAGACAGAGGUCAGAGGUCAGCUGGAGAUCAUCCUGCAGAUAAAGAGAGGAAACGAAGCCGACGACGAACUUCAUCUGGACACUAUUAUGUGCAUCGAGGCUAUACCCAAAGAAGCACAAAAAAUCAGCCCCAAACUGUCUGACCGUGUGCAGGAGGUUUGUUUCCAAGUGCUGCUUAUGUUUCUGAAGAGCUACUCUGCUACGCAGACUGAGAGACUUGGGGAAAUGGCAAAAAUGGACAACCCAGAGAUGAAAUGCUUCUUCCAGACUUUGAACAACUGUAAAAAUCUCAAGCUGCACGUCCAAAAUAAAGGCACCCUUCUUGAGGAAGCUGUGGCAGUGCUUGAAAACCUGGAGGAUUCCACAGUGAAACUUGUGAUGAACAUCGUAGCUGACAUCACAGAGAGCCACCUGAAGAAAUACUUCAAAUCAGAGAACAAGGAAUUCUCCCUCUUGAUUGAAGAAGUGAAGAAUCAUUUCUCCGAGUUUUCCUGCUUUCAGGACAUACAAAAGAGAGUGAUGGAUGGCGUCUACAAGCUCAUCGCUCGCAGUUACCUGAAACAUCUAAUACAAAGCAGCCAGAGCGAACUGAAGAAGCGCUGGAGUCCUGAUUUUGGACAAAAAGUUGCUGAGGAUAUGAAGUGGCUACAUAUAACCAUCUCAGACCUGGCUCCUGGUGUUCAAGAGUGGAACCUCAUGUUGCUGAAAGUCACAGAGCUGGUGGAGUGUAAGAGCACUGACACGAUGAAGCUCACAGUUGGAAGUAUGCAGAAUGAAUGUCUCACGUGGAGUGAGGACCUGGAGCUCCUGCCCGCAUUGCUCCGAUGGAACAGACUUUCUGGAAGGCAGGUUAAUGAGGUGCUGGAGGUCCUCCCAGGCUAUGAACCCAGACCCAGAGCUACAUCCUGGUACUCAUGUUUUGCCAAUCCGUCUCCACUAUGAAGAAUUAACAUUCUUUGCUAGCUUGAUGCUAAUGGCCGAACUCACCGGGAUGCCAAAGUGGCUCUGCUAUUGCACGCCAGCAUUCUUCCUUUGUUUGUUACACUGGAAAUAUCAAAAAGACUGCGGUUGUGUUGCUUUACAGCUGUCCAUGGCAGUAGAUUGCUCAGUGUUCCUAUUGGUCAAAGUGACGGCUGUUACACACAGUGUGGGUAUGCACUUUUACCACUCUGUUGUACAUCUGUGGUGUAACGACACUCAUAGUCGUUCACAGUCUGUCAACACCAUAGACGGCCAUAUUGGGCUUCUUCUUCUUCUUCUUCUUCUUUUGAUUUUAUUGGCGGUUGGCAAACAGCUUUCAGGGGCAUUACCGCCACCCACUGAACUGGAGUGUGGACUAGGUAUCUAAAUUAUCUCUUAUAUUCUCUUAUAUCUCAUAUUUAUGUAUGUCAAACAAAACAAACAAAAGAAACAAAAUUCACUUAACAUCAAAUAACCCAGCCUUAUAUUCUAUUCAUUAAAAAAUUCAUUUGCUGUUUCCAGCACUCGUCAUCUGAAGAUUUUCGUAAUAUGUUAAUGAUAUUGACUUCCCCUCGCUUUCUUAUUUCCUCCUUUAACACAGCUCUCUCUCUGUUAUAUAUCUUUGGCAGUAUAAUAGAAUAUGGUCCACUGUUUCCUCCUCUCCACAAUGUUCACACUUUCCUGUAUCAUGUUUUCUGAUUAGAAAUAAAGAAGUGUUUAACCCAGUAUGCCCAUUCCUUAAUCUGGUCAUAACUCUGUCCUCGGUCCUGUUCCGCCCGCCUGUUGCUGCACUCCCAGCUACUGGUUUAUGUUUGAAAAGGUACCGUCCUUUACUCUCUUAUUCCACUCAUUUUGCCACCUCUUUCUGAUCUGUCUCUUUAUCACCCCCUUGACUUCUGAUUUGCUAAUAUUUACAUGGAGUUUAUGCUCACUCCUUGAAGCUCCUUACGCUGCUCCAUCUGCCCUCUCAUUCCCUUCAGUCCCAAUGUGUGCAGGAACCCACACAAAACUGACAGACAAGUGCAUAUGCUUGAUUCUAAAUAAUGACAUCAUUAUUUCAAAUAAUAAGUCUUCUCUGCAUGUGGUGUUGAAAUAAAAUAAACUUUUUA